GCCGGAAGUAGGAAGAGGAGCGGCGGUGACUACGGCCGCCACGGCGGAGGCGGCGUUGUGGUCUCCCUGGUGCGGUUUAAAGAAGCGGCGGUUUCGCGGGAUCCGGAGAUGGCGGAGAAGUUUGACCACCUCGAGGAGCAUCUGGAGAAGUUCGUGGAGAACAUCCGCCAGCUCGGCAUUAUCGUCAGCGACUUCCAGCCCAGCAGCCAGGCGGGACUCAACCAGAAACUAAAUUUCAUUGUGACUGGCUUACAGGAUAUUGACAAGUGUCGACAGCAGCUUCAUGAUAUUAGUGUUCCUUUAGAAGUCUUUGAAUAUAUUGAUCAAGGCCGUAAUCCCCAGCUGUACACCAAAGAAUGUUUAGAGCGGGCUCUAGCCAAAAAUGAACAAGUUAAAGGCAAAAUUGACACUAUGAAGAAAUUUAAAAGCUUGUUGAUUCAAGAGCUUUCCAAAGUUUUUCCAGAAGACAUGGCUAAGUAUCGAAGUAUCCGAGGUGAAGAUCAUCCUCCUCCUUCUUAGUCUGCUUUCAUUGCGUUUAAGAAGUCUGUUUACAACUUUCACCGAAUUGUCAUGCCUUUUGGAAAUGUUUGUCUGAGGAUGAAAGUGGGUUCUUGAAAUGUGAAUUUCGAACAGUUAUUUGAAGGCCAUUACAUUUUUUCCUCAAGACUAUGUUUCAGAAGAACUUUCAAUGGACAUUGUCACCUUUUUGUUAUACAAGAUAUGUAUAACCGGCUAUCAUUUCACUUUCCAUGAAUGGUACUUCUUAGAACUAAAAUGAAAGUCUUUAUUGUUGUCAAGUGCCAGAGUAUUAAUGGUUUAUAAUCUCUUCAAUGUGAAUUGACAUUGGGUGGGAAAAUUGUACACAAGAAAAAAGGUCAUGAAAAAUAACUGUCAUUGUCAACUUUUUUUUUUAAACAUGGCCAUUCAGCUGGAAGACUUAACCAUUUGAUCUAAAGGUGUUUUUUUUUUUUUCCCUUUGUAUUCUUUCCAUUCCAUUUUUCUUUGUUAAAAAUUGGGAUCCAUUGUAGAAGAGGCUUAUAUGUGAUUAGUGAUAUUUGUGUUUUGUACAGUUUAACUUUGAUGCAUAACAAGUUUUUAGUGGAACUAUAAACAUUUGCUUUGGUUAAGCCGAGUAUAUAUAAUAAAAUAUUUCCAGAUACUGUUACUUAAUUCAUUUAAUUUUUCCCUUAUAAUAUUUGCAGUUUAUAGUAUAAUAUUCUAUUUUGUAGGCACCCAAUCCAUUUUUGCCUCAAGUUUGAAUAAUAUUCCUAAAAUUCAUCUGAAGAAAUUUCAAGGAUUUUCCUUUCUACCUUAUAAUAUUCAGUGAACAUUGCAAAAAAAAAGUCUGAAAUCCUAAUUUAUGCCUUUGCUAUGUAUACUAACUUAUUUAUUGUCUUAAGAAAUAGCUUAAAUAUUUUCCAAGAAAGUCUUAAAAUUAUUGUUUUAGUGACUUAAAUCUUAUAUUGCAUAUGAAAAGAUAGGCUAGAAGUAUAUCAUAGCUUAUACUCUCUGAACUGUCAAAUUCCAUCUUGAUUAUUUCUACUGGAAAAAAGUUAAAUAGGCAUCUGUUUGAAAUAAUUUCUUGUCAGACUGUCAAAGCAGAAAGAAAUGUUUUAGCUAGCCAAACAUCACAUUCACAUUUUUUAUAAGUCUAUACAAAUGACUUAUGUAAAAGUUAUUUAGACUUUUCUGGGGCUGAUUUUGAACAAAUACAAGAUUCACUAGAGUGCUUAUUUUUUAUUUCUUUUGCUAAACACAAUUCAGAGUAACCACAUUCUUAAGAGAUAAAUCAAAGCUAACUAUAUUAAAAAAGAAACUGAGUUAAGUAUUAAAGUGACAUCCUUUUCAUGACAACACUAUUUGGGUACCAUCAACAGGAUAAAUUUUUUGUGGUUUUCAAGUAGUAACAGAAUUUAACUGACCUAACCACAAGUACUCAUCUGCAUUUAUUCCCUUACAACCAACAUCAAGUAUACAUUAUAUGAAGGCUGGCUGGGGUAGAUGAUAUUAGCCCCAGAAAUGUCUGAAUGACUAAAUAAUCAAGAUAAUCAAUAUUUUCCAACCCAACUCCAUCUGUCUCUGCUGAAAUAGCUUAUGGAUAGUACUUCUAACCAUAUCCACAUCUAGUUCUUUGUAUACGUUGUAAAAGCAAAUAUAAUUGAUAAGUUACCACACAUCUUUCCCCUUGCUAUUGGAAAAACAACUCAGACAAUUCUCUAUAAUUAUAAUUAUAUUCAAGGUAGAGGUUAUAAAAUGAAUUUUAUUGUCAACAUUAUCUAAAACAUAUAUGAAUAUAUUUGCCCUGAUCUCUGCUUCUGAAUACUUGGUACUUAUGGUUUCUGCAAUAUAAGAGUGGGACAUUUCUAUUUCUGAAAUAAAGUAUUUUGAAAAUUUG